AAUAUAUAAUACGAAAAUGAAUAAUUAAUUUUUUUUUUCUUUAAUAAAAUCAAUGAUCUUUUCUGUUUUAAUAAUAUAUUGUUAAUUAACUUUUUAGUUUAACAAUGAAUUUCGUAAAUGAUAUGCGAAAAGUUCAAUGUGCACUUCUGGACGAAGCUCUCACAAAACAUUAUUUUUUAAGGGAAUUCAACGCAAUGAAGAACAAUGUAAAAUAUGGAUAGCUUACAAAAAGAAUCAUCAAAAAGUUGCAGAGACAUUACAAAUUUUUCAAAAAGAUUUAUAUGUAAAUUGUAUGAUACCUAUUGGAAAAAGAGCUUUAAUGAAAGGAAAAUUAAUUCAUACUAAUGAAAUACUUACUUCUUUGGGUGAUGGAUAUUUUGCAAAAUAUAGUGCCUCAGGUGCUAUAGCUCUUUGUAAAAGAAGAGUACAAAGAGCUGAAGAAAUGUUAAAUAAUUUAAAUGCAGAAAGAGAUUUAUAUGAAACAAGAAUGAUGAUGUUAGAAAGUAAUCUUUUUGAUGAUUUUGCUGGAGGAGAGAUUAUAGAACAUUGGAAUGAAAAUCAAAUUACAGAAUGGAAAAAAAAGCAUAGAGAAAGAGAAAGAGAGUAUCAUCAGAAAUUAGUUAAAUUGAAACAGGAAGAAAGAAAAAAGAUAGAGACAGAAGAAGAUCUAUUUAACAGACUUGAUCAACUUGAAAUUGAAGAAGAAUUAGCAGAUGAAUUAAAUAGAUUAGAAGAUUAUGAACAUUUUGAAAAAGAAUUACAAGAUGGAGAAUGUUAUUAUGAAUCGGAAAGUUCUUCUGAGAGUGAAAAAGAAGAAAGUUUUAAAAAAGAAGAAAAACAAGUUCUGAAUUCUGAUACAAAACAAUCUAAAGAUUCUGUUGAAGUUUAUAAAAUAAAAAAAUUUGUUUCAUUUGUAGAACCAGAAGAUAUUUCAAAUAAAGAAGAAAAUUCGAUAAAAGAAAAGGAAAAAAACGACAAAAGUAUGGUAGAUAUGGAAGAUUUUUUUCGAAUAGAAUUCAGUCAUUCUGAAAAUUUUGUUUUAAAAUCAAAAGGAAAUUUAAUAGAAACUCCAGCAGAUAUUUAUAGAAUAUUUUCAAAACCUAAAUCUAUUUUGAAAAGAUCAUUAAAUGAUAUGAAUCCAGAACAACUUGUUCCACAAUAUAGUAUGGAAAAAGAAGAAGAAAAAGAAGAAGAACAAGAAGAAGAAGAAGAAGAAGAAGAAGAAGAAGAAAUUAUUCAAUCUUCAGCUUAUGAAAUUGUGGUAAAAGAUAUUAAAGAAAGAAGUAUAACAGAAGUAACAAAUGAAAUUUUAAGAAAGAAAGAAGAAAAUAAAAAUAUCCGGCCAAUUAGUAAAUUUAAAAGAGAUCGUCAAUUAAAACAACAGUAACAUGUAUAAUAUUAGAUAAUUAUUUAGUAGUAUUAUGAAUAAAAGAUAUUUUGCAAUAAAAAUUUAAUUAAAAAUUAUUUUUUAUUAAAAGAAAAUUAAAAAAAAAAAUGUUGAAGGAGAAAAAACAUUUUUAUUCUAGAUAUCUUCUUUUUUGUUAAUAUCAAAGAUUCGUUGUUUAUGAUAGGAUAUUAAUUACUGUAAUAUAUUUUAGAAAAUAAAUAAAUAAUGCCAGCUUUCUAUGAUC